AUGGCAACCGGACAGAAGCUGUAUCCACGGGCUACUGUCAAGAAGAUUGUCAAGGCUCAUUCGAAGCGCAAUGUCACCAAGAACGUGGAUGUCUUGAUAUUCCUCGACUAUGCACUCUUUCUGCAGACAUUGAUGAAGGAGGCUACGAUCAACGCGAAGCAAGCAGGGGAACGCGGCAUCAGUGCGAAAAGCGUGAAGAAAGUCACAGAGAAUUCAUUAUCGAAGUUCAAGGGAUGA